GCGUAUCAGUGUUCGCCAGUGCCAUCCAGGAGGCACACAGUGAGCGGGUUAACGGGGUUAUAGCGCGAUUAUUGGCCGUGCGAUUCCGCCGAGCAGCGGUGCGUCGUCCGUCGGGACGACGACGACGACAACGAACGGUGGGAAAAAGGGAAGAGCCGCGAGGGGGCAGAGUGCCAACGACGACGACGGUGGUGGUGGUUGGUGGUGUUGGUGAUCGUGUGCUCCCGCUGGUGGUAGUUGGUGGUGGUGGCGGCGGUGGGUGCUCCGGGUUCCGCGCGCGCGAGAGAGAGAGAGAGAGUGUGUCCGCGAAAAACUAGUGCCGAGCCAUCAUGGCGAACCCACGGAAAUUCAGUGAAAAGAUCGCGCUGCUGAACCAGAAGCAGGCGCAGGAGACGGCGGCGUUCGAGGCAAUCAUGCGGGAGGUUUCGGACGUCACGAGCAGGGUGGCCUCGGCGAGCAGCUCGGUGGGUGCUAGUCCCACGGGAUCCGGCGUACCGGAGACCCCGCUGUCCGUCAAGAGUGCCGGCGCCAGUCCACCGCAGUCCAGCGGCAAGCACCUGCACAUUAACCUGGGGAAUCAGUUCAGGGCGGGCGGUUCGCUGCCGAACGUUAACAACAAUGCGAAUUGCGGCGGCGAUGCGAAAGAGCACUCUUCGCCGCAUACCGGCGCGAUCCACUCGAUCGACCUUAAGACGGCGCUCAGCAAUCUCGAGGAGAUGCAAAACAACUCGAUGGUCUACCGUAGCGACAACAGGAGCCGCAGCAGCAUGGGAGUCGGCCCGAUGAGAUCCCGGCCCAUGGAAAAGAGGCACGACACCUCGCCGUACAGCGGCGUACCUUACCUGUCGCCACCGCCGCCGGACACCUGGCGGAGAACGAACUCGGACUCGGCUUUGCAUCAGAGCGCAAACGAGGCCUGCCAGUCGGCCUCUGCCAUAUCUCAUCGACGAGGUAGCAACGCAUAUCAACACGCCAUGACUGGGAGCGGGAGCGACAACAGGGAUUCUCACCACACUUUCAUCGAGCGACCGAGAUCCUCGUGCGAAAUGCCUAGAGUGCCUGGGAUUAACAUAUAUCCCAGCUCGCAACCACCCGGACAACAAAUACCGAUAGGCAACAAUACGGGAUCGUUGCCCGACUUGAGCAACGUGCACUUCCCGUCACCCAUUCACACUCCUCUGGAUCAGGAGGAUCACUCGAGUAGUACGCCGUUCAGCAACAGUCCUCAAACGAGCAGUCCCACAAACCUGUCGCCGACCAGCUUGGCACAAGCUGGUAGGCUGUCCUUUUCACAGGAUCCGUCAAGCGUCCAACAGGGUGUGGCACUGGAAAACAGCACAAGUACUUCGCAACAGGAUCUUCAGAGCUAUCCGCAGCAACCGGCGCCGACGGCGACGUCUCACAGCCCGACCGGCCACUACAUCUAUCAACAACCGCACAGUCCUGUGCCGCCGCAAAGUCCAAAAACGUCGCAGUCGCAGCAACAGCAGCAGCAGCAACAUCAGCAGCAUCAACAGUCGUCGCAGCAGCUGAACUCGUUGGGAUCGUACAGAUCCACGCAGUCGGUGAACAGGCCGUCGCCGCAGUCGUCACCUAGUCUAACAGUACAAGGGAGCCCUUUGAGUUACAGCAAUAACCCAUCGGCGCCACCUAGUCCCACGGGGCAUCCGGGUCCACCCAAUUUAACAUCCGACGCGAUCGAUCAGAACACUUACUUCAUCAAUCAGGCGCAAGCGGCGGCCCUUCAGCAGGACUUCGAGCAGUUCACAAUGGGACUGGAGUGGCCCAAAUUCGCGCAGCAGCUGAUGGAACUUGGUUGCACCUGGACCACGCAGAUAGAGAUGGACACGCCGGUGCAGGCGAACACGAUCGGGACGUACAUCGGAUCACCGAACCACACCGCGAAUUUCACGCAGAACGACGUGAUUAACGUUGGCGGCGAAUUAGGCAGCGCGGAUACCGGCUACUUCAGCACGAGUCCGCAAAUGGCGUAUCAACCGGCGACGACGACCACCACGGCUACCCAGCAGCUAACACCGCAAACGCCAAACACACCUACGAUCAUUCUCACAGACUUCUCUGGUGCGGACGAUCUGACGAAUCCGGAAUUCGUCAAAGACCUCGGCACAGCGAUGAUGGGCGACUUCGACCCGGAGAUGUUUCCGUCUGACGACGCCCUCAGGCAGGGCCUCGAUCCGAUCGACGUGGACGGUUUACAAAUGCUCGCGGACCCUACGAUGGUCAUAUCGGAUUCCAGCGCCGAGGCCCACUUUAGGUUAGAUCGCCUCUAAGGGAAGAGAUUUUACUCAUUUUACCGACCGACCGACAGACCCGCUGGCUAAACGCGUAGGAUAAGAUAAAUUCUGUUCUGGUGUCGUCGCGAAUUAAUUCUUAAGACACCUUUGACACAUGGGGUACCACUUCUUGGACACUGGCGGAUUUGCAGGGCGAAAAUGCGAGUCAAUAUGUAUACUUAUACAUCGCAGUGUAUAUUUAUACAUAUUUAGAGAAAUAUAUAUACAUACAUAUAUAUAAAUUUAUGUACGCGCAGGAUGAAGUAUUCGAAAUUGCCAUCUAAAGUAGUUAACAAGUGUCGAUUUUAUGGGAAAAUUUCUCAGACAAAAGUUUAAUGAUUUUUGGAGGGGGGCUGCGUUCUUGUCGUCUAAUUUUUUUCUACGCGGAGGCGCCAUAGUCACGCACAAUUUCAUUUUUUUAACGGGAUCAUUCAUAGUUUUUUUAACACAAAUCGAUUCCUCUGUUCAUUCCGCAUAUAAAAGUACCAGGGUAAGAUCAUCGGAAAGUGAAUACUUUUCGAGAUAUUUUCCUUUUUUCUUCGGAUAUUUUUCAAGAUAGAGAAUAACUCAUAAACUCAUUCAUUUUUCGAUAACACCACUUUAACAUUUUUGUACGUAGAAUGACAGGUAAAAUCGAUCGCUGUAAGUAAGCAAACAUAGAGAAACCUUGAAAGAGAAAUUCAUUGCAUUUUGCAAAUGCAUCGAUGCAUCAAUGAUAAUAUCAGUAAUCCAUUUCUCUCAUAUUAUUAUAUAGAAAUGUGAUGUUAUUCUCUACACAGUGGAAAAUUAGAUGAUAAAAAUGCAGCCUCUUCAAAAUCAUUUAAUUUACGUCUAACCAAUUUUUCUGCAAGAUCGAUGUUUAUUAAGUUAUUUUAAAUAGCAAUUUCAAAUGCCUCGCUCUGUAUAUAUACAUAUACCUUGUUUAAUUUGAUUUGCAUCGCAUGGAUCAUAGCGGGUUUACGAAACACUUUCGUAAUAAUUGUCUCGCGCUCGAUAUGCCGUGUAAUGUCUCUUUUUUUCCUGUCCUUUCUCAAUCUCAACUCGUGCAUCGCAACUGGAUUCAUCGUAUAUAAAAGUCAGAUGUAAAUAGUAUACUAUGUGCAGCGGGUAACCUAUGUAGAUAGUAUACUCCGCGUACGAAAUCUCCUUCUGGAAACAAGUCAGUGGUCAACGAUAGUUGUUUCCCGCUCGUGAUAAAAAAAAAACCCGUUAUAAUUGACGAUUAAGUUUUACGAAUCUUUAUUAACCCCCUUUUUUUUAUUUUACACUACUUUGUACAUUGUAUCAUUGUAUGAUCUCUAAGAAGCACAAAACGAAAUGUUUACUGAUUUAUACAUGCUUUUAUCAUAUGCAAUUAUAGUAAGAGAUUAAUAUCUACCGUUUAGGAAUUUAAUCGUUAGAGAAAACGAUCGCGCGCUCCUCGACGAGAGGAGCGCUCAAAACGCAUAAAGACAUAGAAGUGAGAGAGGAGGGAGAUGCCUAUCGGCGGUACACGCCAGCAGCAAUCUAGAUCGUUAUGUUUCCUUUUCCUCAUUACCAUCCUUGCGAGUGCAGCUUACGAUCGAAAAAAAAAGAAUUUUUGUGGAAUACAUCAUAGGUAGGAAAUUCGCUUUACCGUUCCGUUUUGCUCGCGACAUCGCGGCCGAGUUUGGUUAAAACAGGAUUGUAUCAUUGAACGAAUUUAGACUCGGCUCUUUUGGUCCUCGUCAACAAUCGGAUAUUCCGCGAAGCGUAAAAUCCGGAGAUUCAACGGCGGUCACUCGGCGCGAAAGGGAACGCCCCAGGGUUUUUUUUUUAUCGAGAAUAAUCUAUCUCUCCGCAUUUUCGAGUGUGCAAUCCUGGUGCCGGUCAGCCAUUUCUACGUACGUCUAGAUCGGGCACAGUUUCGUUUCGUCAUCACGCGAGAUACCUUCCCGACUUCGAUAUAUUUAUUCAUUCUCCGCCGAAGAAAAGUUCGAAUUCAAUUGUUAAUUCACUUGUUCUGAUUUCGCGCUGGUACAGACGCGAUGGUGAUAACGUGCAGAAAAAUAAGGUCUCAUAUGCGUGUACCCUCGGCGGUUGUCAAUUGUUUUUUGAAAGUAAUAUAUAUUAUACUUUAUAUAUGCAUUCGGUAAUCGUGCGAUCGAAUGUGAAAAUUAAGAUAAAUGGAUAAACUAUGAAAUCAAGAGAACGACGCUUAUAUCUAUACACAUCGUAAGUGGAAGUUGCCAUACCUUUCUCGAUAACAUUUUCGAAUUCCUCGUUCUAGUUGAGAAUCACGCGAUAUAGGCGACGAUUAACGUUACGGAAUCAGGCUACGACAUAUCGAGAAGCACGACCAAUUCUACCGGGAAUAAUAAGUUUUUCUUGAAAGACGCGUCCGGCCAGCGUAAGGUGGCGUGAUAAAUUGCAACAAAUUUCUACGCUUGGAAUUCGAAUCAUAAAUACCACGAGAAGACUCACGCAAAAUUGCGAGAAGAGCGACACGAGCAGUUACGAAACUCGCCCGGCUCGCAAUUUAUCGCUCUCGCGAUCAAUUAUUCGUGAAAACGUUUAUAUGUGGAAUGUGUAGCCUGAAUCCAACGGUGCAACAACUUCAGCACACAACACACACACACACACACACACACAUUCUUUCAUACGCUACAUCUGAUAGAUCGAAAUCGGGACAGACGUAAACGUGAAGUAGUAUAAAUUCGUUAUCGCUCCGAUAUCAUUCAUAUCUUAGAAAUAUAGAUCAUCCCGUGUCUGUGCAAAAGAGAGUCACACAAAAGUGUCGAGGAAGUUCCGGUAAGCGCGAAGUGUAGUAACGACAGGGCGAGCAUUCUGAACCACCCACCUAUGCUAAAGUGGCAAGAGGAUCCCCGAUCAUCGUUCAACGCGCAUUUAUCGGUCGCUCGCCAAGUUCGCACUUCGCGGCUGCGGGAGCUCCUUCGCGCGUAACCGAAAGCUCGGCGGAGAGAGUACCUCGAGAACGGAGGAGAAAAUUUAACAAUAAUCCUUACGUAUUUAAAAUAUGAUUAAUGUUGACCAAGUUGAUGAUGACGAACCAUCGAUAUAUUCGACCGAGUUAACGUAGUAGAAUGAAAAGAAGAAAAGAAUUUCUCUUCCCCGUUUGCUCUCUUUUACUGGCAAAAGUCUCGUCUCGCGAGUAUAAUGCGCGCAAAUGAAAAACGUGCAAAGAGGUGCCAAAAAGCGCGAUAGAGAUAUAUUCGUCGUAGAUUUGUAAGAUCGUGCUAUCGAAUCAUUAAUCGUGCAAUAUAAACAUAUAUAAUAUGAUCGUCGGUUGUUUAACAUAGGUCGUUAAACCAAGUUAAAUGUUAACCAAGAUCGUGACGUCAAUUUGUCAUUUGUCACACUUUUAAUCGUGAACGAGGGGCUCGCCAAGAAGGGGAUAAAGAACACGGAAUUUCUCAAUUGGGAUCUCUCUCUCUCUCUCUCUCGCGUGCGCGCGCACGAGAAGAGAGGACGGAGACUUUUCUCCUAUUAUUAUUGUAUCUCUCGCCGACACGUCGCGUCGAACGUGCAUCGCUGUCUCUCGAUUGACAUUUCAGGGUAACCGAAACUCGCGCGAUUAAAAAGAUAAUGUUGCGCAACCUUCGCGCGGAGGAAUUGUCGAAACGGAGCAACACACCGACAGCCGCGCGUUGCAUUAAUCGCUAAGCCGUUUUAAGAGAAUUUUGCAUCGAUUCGCGAGAUUUUGAUCAAUAUACAUGUCACUAUUUUUCCUUUCUCGUUUUAUCGAUACCAUCGUCGCGAAAGUAAGAAACAGCGUAACGCGUUUUGAAACAGUUUCUCUCUCUCUCUCUCUCUCUCUCUCUCUCUCUCUCUCUCUCNCUCUCUCUCUCUCUUUCCGACCGCAAAAAUACCACAUGUUCGCUAAAUUUGCAUGACAGGUAUGAAAUAAUUCUAGCGAUCGUCGAACGAGACUAUACGAUCUCGCAGCGCACCGAUUUUAGCUCGCAUCGGUUCUCGAUGAACGGAGGUGUAACUGUAAUAGUAAUCGACACGUCGGCCUCAAGCAUUAAACAGCGAGCUUAUUGCUAUUUCGGUUUUACAUUGCGACCUCUCUUUCCCUGAUCGCUGCGAGCAUACGGUGUUCUCGGGCCUCGCGCGUUGCCUCUCGCUUACAGGAGGCUCCUCGUAUAACGAGGUUGGUUUUUUUCUGUUAUUAAUAUUUGACAAACGUGAUAAAUAUCUCUUCAGGCCAAAUUUCACUCAAGGGUUCUUGCUCAAGGGUUCUUUGUUUCGAGUUGCUUGUAAAACGGGCGAACGAUAUCGAAUUGGUAAACGGAUCGCGCAUUUGCUUGCGCAUUUUUCCAACCGACCAUUCUCGGCCGCAAGAGACCGGAGGAAACCACGCGCGACAGCUGGAAAAAUUGUGCGAGACGUGUUAAUUUGUCGCGAGAGGCGAUUGAACCGCGAAACCUUAACGUAUGUCCGCGUGGUAUUGUUACACCGGCGCUGCCAUCCAGUCGCUUCAGUCACCUUUCGACACUUUUUCUCGACGAGUCACUGAAAAAUUUACUAUCGUCCAAAACGAGUUAUUUUUCCCCCGAGUGCCGGGUUAAAAUUAACGUAAAAUAACGAGAAAAAUCGUGGAAAUUCGGAAUAUCAGGGAGAACCUAGAGAUGUCGGGGAAAAAUAUGGAAAACCUGGAAUUUUGAACUUUACUCACAAUUCUAUUUUGAAUGCUCUCAACUGUAAUCUUUCUUCCAAUACUCUAUUUUUUGCUAGCCUGAAUUUGCAUUAUUAUAUUAUCUUGCUGAACUUUUAAGUUUUGUGUUGCUUCUAAUAAUAUAAGCUACCUUUCCUGCGAUCCCUGCUCCUAAGCGUUAAAGUUUAAGACUACGCAUUGCUAAUGGAAAAUUCUCCGCUCGUCUGGAAAAUGUGGAGGAAUCGGAGAAUUUUUAUGUUUAUUUUCUAUGGCAAUCCUAGUUAAGUUAUUCGAGGAUAAACCUGGGACAAUGAGAGUAAAUGUUACUUUCUUUCUUAAAUGUCCUUAGUUACUCACAGAAUUUGACAAAGUGUCACCUCUGGUUGCCAUUUUGAUGCCCGAGAAGUCACUUUUGUCACCUUUUCUGCCACACGAGGCAGCCACUAUUUCGCUCUUUCGUCCCGAUGACUGGAUGGCAGCGCUGUGUUGCACGCGAUUCCUCGAUGGCGAUCCUUUAGCCGAUCCUCAUCGGCUUGCGUAAGUAAUUCGGAGGCGGUGUAUAAAUACGGU